GCAGCUGUUUUUAAGGCUACCACAAGGCUUUACUGUGGACAACCCCAUCUCAAGAAUGUAGAGGCUCUUGGACUUAUGGACUUUUCUAGAAGGUUUUAUCAAAUGUAGCACCGUGGCUCUUGGGACAUGAUAAAUGAAGGAGACAUGUAGUCCACAGUGUAACUAGAUGUAUCCAUGGCAACCAUUGACUAUAUGGGGUCACUGCACUUCCUGUUUCUUUUUUCUCACUUCUGAACAUCUGAUGGUGACUUCGGACGUUUUCAAAAUAUUUUAUAUUUUAGUCCAUCAUACUGUAUAUCGCCUUAUAUACAGAAUGGCCAACUAUGUGUCUAAUGUCAAAACUAUGUCUUGCACAAUAUCACACUUGAACACUUAUCAAGCGCUGCUUUCAUGUAAUAAUUAGAAGUAAGGGGUUUUGUGUACAUACAAGAUCAAGUGCACUUGAAGGUUCAACACUUGAUGUAGGAAUUGAAUUGCUAGACUUUCUCAGCUUUAGAUGACUAGUGGAAAUCGAUGUCCCUCUACAAUGGAUUUAAAAUAAAUAGCAUGUUUGUCACUGACUUCGCCACCAGAUGGUGCACAUGAUACACCGUUGCCAGCAGGUAUAACACAAUUACAAUAUUUUUUCGUGUUUAUUGAAAUGGCAAACUUUUGUAGAAUCAUCGUUUAUACGACUUAGAAGAUGAGAGUUUUUUUUUUAAAUUAUUAUUAUUUUAAUUAAAGUUUAGGGUCUAGGAUUUUUGUACGACUGAGUAAAACUGCGGACGACGGGAUUUCAGGCUCCACUGUGGUGGAUCCUCACAGCGCCUGUCUGCGUGCAGCCCGCACGCCACAUCACACUCGAGAAAGAGCGGCGAGGCAGCUGGUCUGCGACAUGGCUAAAGAAGGAGCAGAUAUGGCAGAGGAAACCGAGUUCAUGAUAGACAAAAACGUGGUGAAAGAAGCAGAAAACGCGGAGUCUUCCGGCAAUGCUAAAGAAAUGCGGGCGGUGAUGCUGGCAGGUUUCGGAGGGCUCAACAAACUCAGGGUGACCAAGAAGGCAAUGCCCGAGCCGCAGGAUGGUGAAGUGAAGAUCCGCGUCAAAGCAUGUGGCUUGAAUUUCCUGGAUCUGAUGGUACGCCAGGGGACCAUUGAUAAUCCUCCAAAGCCCCCCCUUGUCCCUGGAUUUGAAUGCUCUGGAAUAGUAGAGUCAGUGGGUGAAAACACAAAGGGAUUUGAGAUAGGCGACAGAGUUAUGGCUUUUGUAAAUUACAAUGCCUGGGCAGAGGUGGUCUGCACACCCGUGGAUUUUGUCUACAAGAUGCCAGAUGAAAUGACUUUUCCUGAGGCAGCAGCGUUCUCUCUGAACUUUGUGGCCGCCUAUAUGAUGCUCUUUGAGGUGGCCAAUCUGCGGGAGGGGAUGUCAGUGUUGGUCCACUCAGCCGGAGGUGGUGUAGGUCAAGCCGUGGCUCAGCUGUGCUCCACUCUACCUAAUGUCACUGUGUUUGGGAUCGCCUCGUGUUUCAAACAUGCAGCUAUAAGAGACUCUGUGACUCACCUCUUUGACAGAAACGUUGACUACAUACAAGAAGUCAAAAAGAUUUCUCCAGAGGGCGUAGACAUCGUGCUCGACUGUCUGUGUGGGGAGAACACGGGGAAAGGCCUGAGUCUGCUGAAGCCGCUGGGAACUUACAUCCUCUACGGCGCGUCAAACAUGGUAACUGGGGAAACAAAGAGUUUCUUCAGCUUUGCAAAAUCUUGGUGGCAGGUGGAGAAGGUUAAUCCUAUUAAACUAUACGAGGAGAACAAAGUCAUUGCUGGAUUCUCGCUCCUCAGCCUUCUCUUCAAACAGGGAAGAUGUAGUCUCGUGAAAUCAGUGAUGGACAAACUGUUGUGUCUCUAUGAAGAAAAGAAGAUCAAGCCUGUAGUGGAUUCCCUGUGGGCGCUGGAAGAGGUAAAAGAGGCCAUGCAGAGAAUUCAUGACAGAGGAAACAUAGGAAAACUCAUUUUGGAUGUGGAGAAGUCCCCCACCCCUCUGAUGGCCAGCGAUAGCACAGAGACCAGCGAAGCAGGGGAGGAAGAAGAGGAGCCAGAGGGAGACAAUGACAGCAAGGAGCGAAUGCCUUUCAUCCAUUAGACCCAACAACAACGCACUGCUACAUGCCUAGAGACUGGAGAGGCUGCACAGAUUCACCACAGAGGAACACAACCACACACUAGUGUGUAUGUAUGUAUGUAAGUAUGUAUGUAUGUAUGUAUGUAUGCAUGUGCAGUGUGCAUGUUCGCAUGAAUGUUUGUAUGUGCAAUAUAUGUUUGUUAAGGAAAGGUUAUUGUUUGUUACCCAGGCAACAAGUGCAAGAGCCAUUCACAGAACAGUGUUAUAUCAUUUGCUGUAUCACGAAGUAAUGUUACGCUAGCUAACGACAUAAAUAGGAUUGUGUCCACUUUAUUGUUAAUUGCAUCUACGUACGAUUAACUGAACUAACGUCAAGCAUUUAAACUAUUAUCAGUUUAUCAUUAGUGCCCUUAAACAGAGAUUUAGCAAAGCACUUAAAUGUCAUAAACAGCUGCGAACAAGUAACAUGUCUAAACAUUUCACAGCACUAAAAAAAAGUGUAUUUUAAUUUUCAUUUGACCGAAGUGACCAAAAAAAAAAUGACCUUGUAUGGUGAUGCAUCUGACCAGGUCAGUGAAUCACUUUCUCGUGUUACAGUAAGUCUGUCAAGCCAGGAGGUGUAGGAAGGUCUGUGUGUAGAUAUUUACAUGAUAACUUACAUGAUAUUAUGGGAUCACCAGUGCCUUGGAGCUACAGGAGUGUUUGAUACUUGAAAUAUUUUCCUCGUGUGACGUUCACAUUGAACAAACUAAAAGGUAAUUUUAAGUGAAAUAUGAAAAUUGAUAUGUAAACCUUAAAAAAACAAAAAGCAUGCUCAUGGAUCUGUGAUGAGGAGAAUCCGUGGCACCACCAGAGCUCUGUUUACGUAGUUAUUGGACAGAUUACUCCACUAAAUUGAACAUCACACAGUGUUAACGUUUAUUGUCAGGUCCCAAAAAAGUUGACAGUUCUUUAAGCACUCAAAUAAAACAGGACAAAAAUGUCAUCUUGCAGAUUUUUUUUUUUUUUCCUAAAUGCAACAAAGAAUGAAAAUCCUGAAUUUAUCCUCUGCCAUGAAGUGGUCGGUCAAACUCCGGUCUGAAGGUCUGUGGAUUCUCUGCUUUGCUUGUCUGACCAAAGUUGUUUACUCGCUGGUGCCUCACAUCAAAAGUGCCAUAAGACUCCGAGAUAGACUAUUUUUACAGUGAGCUGGUGAAUGAAGGCAGGCUGAUUUCGGUUUGAGAAACACUGUGUAUUACUUUAGUUUGACAAUCUCUGUUUUAUUGCCCUUUUGUGAGUUGUUAAUGAAAUACACUCCCCUAUUCAGAUGACGGACCUAUGAAAACAAAGUGCAUAGUAUCUUGUUUUCACUGUCUGUUCGGCCUUGCUUACCCUGUGUGUUUUAUUUUGGCUGGUUGUCUGAAUUAUUUAAACUUCACAGACCACACGUCCAAAAAAGUAUUUCCUCCGUCAGUGUUUUGUAAUUACGCCAGCUUAUACAAACUGAAAACAGUUCAACUUAACAUCAAAACUAACAGAGUGAACGCUGCAUGCUCUGAAGGUGAGUCAUGAAUAGUGGGGUGUCAAAGUUAAUGGGUGUACUGAAGUUUUAAAGGGCAUAGACUUGGAAAUCAGGGUGGUGAUGGUGUGUGUGAGAGACAGAGUGCAUGUUUUUGAGUGUGUGUACUCAUAUCGCCUUGUAAAAAAAAAAGACAAAAAAAAAUGCUCGCAAAGAGUUGUUCAGCAUUGUAGUGUUCACAAAAUCCUUAUAAACGAUGGUUUACCUGUGGUCGUAUAUUUUUGUCACAUUUACUUGUGUACUUUCUUUGUGUACAACUCUGUUUACUUGAAUAAAUUUUUUCUGCAAAGCAUAA